UUGACGUUUGUUUGAGUAUAUAACAUUGAUGUCAUUUACUCUUCUUUGAUUCUGCUUGUAACUCUUUCCUCUCAUCCUCGGUUUCUCCUCUCAAAAUGAAAAGCUUUGACGCGGUGCAUAAUCCCUCUGCGGUGGAAUCCGGUGACGCCACCGGGAAUAACGUCGACGAUGAUGGUAGGGAGAAGAGAACGGGGACGUUGACGACGGCGAGUGCGCACAUAAUCACGGCGGUGAUAGGUUCCGGAGUGUUGUCGUUGGCUUGGGCUAUAGCACAACUUGGUUGGGUGGCAGGAACAUUGAUUCUUGUAACUUUUGCCCUCAUCAAUUACUACACAUCCACUAUGCUCGCCGAUUGUUAUAGAUCGGACGCAGGAACACGAAACUAUACGUACAUGGACGUCGUCCGAUCUUACCUAGGUGGUAGGAAAGUGCAAUUAUGUGGACUGGCACAAUACGGGAGUCUCGUAGGGAUCACUAUUGGUUACACCAUCACCGCAUCUAUAAGCUUAGUAGCGAUUAUGAAAGCAUAUUGUUUUCAUUACAAGGGACAUGGUGCGAAAUGUUCCGUGCCAAACUAUCCAUUCAUGGCGUCAUUUGGGUUCCUCCAGAUGUUUCUAAGUCAGCUUCCUAAUUUUCACAAGCUCUCUGGGCUCUCCAUUGUGGCCGCCGUUAUGUCCUUCUCUUAUGCAUCUAUCGGAAUUGGUUUAGCCAUUGCCGUUGUGGCAAGUGGGAAGGUUGGUAAGACGGGUUUGACGGGCACGGUGGUUGGAGUGGACGUAACCGCAUCUGAUAAAAUAUGGAAGGCAUUUCAAGCGGUUGGAGACAUGGCAUUUUCAUACUCCUUUUCCGUUGUUCUCGUUGAGAUUCAGGAUACACUGAGAUCACGCCCACCAGAAAACAAAGUCAUGAAAAGAGCAACCCUUGCUGGAGUCUUAACUACAACUGUUUUCUACAUCCUAUGUGGCUGCAUGGGAUAUGCUGCAUUUGGAAACCGAGCCCCCGGAGACUUCCUUACUGACUUUGGUUUUUAUGAACCUUUCUGGCUCAUCGAUUUUGCUAAUGCUUGCAUCGUCCUCCACCUAGUCGCAGCCUAUCAGGUGUUUGCACAACCAAUUUUCCAACUUGUUGAGAACAAAUGCAAAAAAGCAUGGCCAGAAAACAAUUUCAUCAACAAAGAAUAUUCGAUGAGCAUACCAUUGCUCGGAAAAUGGCGCAUCAACUUCUUCAGACUGGUGUGGAGGACAGCUUAUGUGAUUUUGACAACAAUUGUUGCAGUGAUAUUCCCCUUCUUCAACUCGAUCUUAGGCCUUAUCGGAGCAGCAACGUUCUGGCCGCUAACAGUUUACUUCCCUGUGGAGAUGCACAUCUCGCAGAGAAAGAUUAAGAAGUAUUCUAUGAGAUGGAAUGCGUUGAAACUCCUUGUAUCGGUUUGUUUGAUUGUGUCGCUCUUAGCUGCAAUAGGAUCCAUCGUCGGCUUGAUUGAUAGUGUCAAGGCGUACAAGCCUUUCCACAGUUAAGAUUUGUUACUUGUAACUUAAGCUAUCUGAAUUUUGUGGGAACUACUUGUGUCAAGAAACAGUUAGUAGCGUUGGUGCAUGUCUGCCUGUCUUAAAUUAUUGACGGCGUUGACCCAAACGCUCGCUUAUCCGGUUCGGUUUCGUCCGGUUAUUAAGAAUAUUAAUAUUAUGUGA